UUCUAUUGUCAUAUAACUACUCUCAUCCAUCUAUCCUUUCAUCCAUUCAAUAUCAUGACUUCUCAGAACUCCUUCCAGCCCCUGAGCGACGACGUGAACCUGGCGUCAUCCAACUUCACAGAGGACAGCUUCUUCGAUUUUAAUGGGGCCUCCUCUGACGGCAAUCUACCCAUUGCCGAUUUGAGCGACGACCUGCCACUUAGUUUCGCCGAGGAAGAGUUCUGGGGCGGCUUCGAGGAAUUGCCUCCGCUUGAACCUUCUGUAAGUCAGAGUAGCUUCUUUGACUCCUUCGCAUCGGAGGACACCUUCAGCAGCUUCCAGAGCGACAUGUCGCUUUGGACUACCGAGGCUUUCAACGAAGAGUCUGUUAACAUUCAGUGUGACUGGCCAUCUUCGCCUCCAACGAAGACGUCUGAUCUACCAACAGUAGACUCAAGCGUCACCACCCCGCCUGUCUCCCAGGCAAUCGAUCCAGCUCGAAGCAAGCCGUCGGAGCAGCCAGUCGGCGCCAUCGAAGCCUUAUGGGGACCAAUCAUGAGUUCUAGUCCACAGAAGUCCGCUCUUACUCCUCCGACCAAAAAAGAGCCACUACCAAAGAUGAAGACCACAAAGGUGAUCAAGCAGAAGACGACACCCAAGAAGACGGCACCCAAGAAGAAGACUCCCAAGAAUCUCUCCACCCCCACGCGACGCUCUGAAGACCGCUCCAUCAAAGACCUCUACAACUCGACAUGGGCAAGCCUCACCGACGAAGAAAAAGGCCGCCUCCUCCUUCCUCUCCUCCAGGGUGUCGACCCCAACACGGGCAAGAAGAUUACCAAAGCCGGUACCUUGCUUCUACCCCCCGACUACGAAGUCAUCGGCGCCAACACCCAGAUCGAUCUCACUCAGUCUCCAUAUCCGCAUGCAAACACCACUUCGAGCAGUCCUUCGGCUUCCACUGCCCACAACUCCGACUCUGUCCUGGCAGUCCCUGAGUACCUUCCGUAUAUCAGUGACACCACAUCUUUCAACGAUGUCAAUCUCGAUGCUAUCGAGGCUUUCAAUAGGUGUGGCAUGGGCGCUACAGAUGCGAUGGGCGAUUCAGACAUUGACACGAGGGGUACAGUUGGCAAAGGUCUCGGCGGUCCCUGUGGCAAUGGUAUCAUCGGCGGUGCGAUUGAGAUGCCUACUCCUCCCUCCGUCUAUGGAAGCGCUCGCCAGCAGGAAGCGCUUGAGCGCAAUGCCAUGUUGUGUGCGCAGGGUCCUUGUCGCUAG